AUGCAAUUCUUUCACAUCGCGCCUCUCGUUUUCCUCGUUGCGGGCUUCGUGCUCGUUAACCUGACCUUGUUCGCAGGCGACAAGGCUGGCUUCAUGGAAGAGUAUGCCAUCGUGAGGAUCAACAUGUCCGACUUCGGCAAGAAUCUCUUUAGCGACGCCAACGGAAGCGAGGAAAACAAGGAUGAUGACGACGACAAGAGCAGCGUCGGAGACAUCCUUUCGGGAAUCAUCGACGACGUCAAGGACAAGGCCGCCGACACGCUCAACCAAGUGGGCAACCGUAUCGCAGGCCGGCUCACCGAGGAGCUCGGCAUCGAGGAGUGGUAUUCUAUCCACAUUCAGGAGUUUUGCCAGGGCAACUUUAGGAACGGGUCCGCGAGCUUCGAUGUCCUCAACUGCACCAUGUCUAGGCCCGGAAGCCGCAUCAACCUCACGGAAAUCCUCGACGGCGAGAUGGCCGUUGGCCCCAUCGAUCUCUCUCUAGCUGACUUCCGCUGGCCCGCGGGCAUUCAACGUCAGGUCUCCAAACUCAACAGCGCCCUCCAUGCCGUCUUCGUCUUCUAUGUCCUCGCUGUCGCCCUCGCCGGUGCCGCCGUCAUCUGCAAUGCAGUCAUCCUCUUCCUCCCUGCCUUUACCCCCAUCCUCAUCAUCGCCAACGCUGUCCUUGCCGGCCUCGCCAGUGUUAACAUCGGCCUCGGCUCCACCAUCACCACCGUCAUGGGCGGGCUCGUUGCCGAGACCAUUACCGAUCUCGGCGAGUUUGUCGGCGUGACCGCCGUCCAGGGAACGCAGUUUCUCGCCUUGACCUGGGUCGCCUUCGGUGUCGUCACCGUGGCCGCUGCAUACUGGGCAAAUGAGUUCAGGAAGGUCCGCAAGACGGCCAAGAUGAUGGGCAGGUGGGAGAUGAAGGAGGCAACCAGGGUGUAA